GGGCGCGGGGCGCGGCGGUGGCGGCCGUGGGGUGGCGCGAGCGGGGCGGCAUGGCCACGGCGGCCUCUAACCCGUACCUGCCUGGCAGCAGCCUGCUGGCGGCCGGCUCCAUCGUGCACUCUGACGCGGCGGGCGGCGGUGGGGGCGGCGGCGGCGCGGGGGGCGGCGCGGGGGGCGGCGGCGGCGCCAUGCAGCCGGGAAGCGCCGCCGUGACCUCGGGCGCCUACCGCGGGGACCCGGCCUCCGUCAAGAUGGUGCAGAGUGACUUCAUGCAGGGGGCCAUGGCCGCCAGCAACGGCGGCCAUAUGCUGGGCCACGCGCACCAGUGGGUCACCGCCCUACCCCACGCCGCUGUCGCCGCUGCCGCCGCCGCCGCCGCGGUGGAGGCCAGCGCACCCUGGUCCGGCAGCGCGGUGGGCAUGGCCGGGAGCCCGCAGCAGCCGCCCCCACCCCCACCCCCACCCCCGCAGGGCCCCGACGUGAAGGGCGGCGCGGGGCGCGAUGAUUUGCACGCGGGCGCGGCGCUGCACCACCGCGGACCGCCGCACCUGGGGCCCCCACCGCCGCCCCCACACCAGGGCCACCCGGGGGGCUGGGGUGCUGCUGCUGCCGCUGCCGCCGCUGCUGCUGCCGCCGCCGCCGCCGCUCAUCUCCCGUCCAUGGCCGGAGGCCAGCAGCCGCCGCCGCAGGGCCUGCUGUACUCGCAGCCCGGGGGCUUCACCGUGAACGGCAUGCUGAGCGCGCCUCCCGGGCCCGGCGGCGGCGGUGGCGGCGGUGGUGGAGGCGCAGGCGGCGCUGCGCAGAGCCUGGUGCACCCGGGGCUGGUUCGCGGUGACACGCCUGAACUGGCUGAGCACCACCACCACCAUCACCACCACGCACACCCGCACCCUCCCCACCCGCACCACGCGCAGGGCGCCCCGCAUCACGGCGGCGCAGGGCCCGGACUCAACAGCCACGACCCGCACUCGGACGAAGAUACACCGACGUCCGACGACCUGGAGCAGUUCGCCAAGCAGUUCAAACAACGGCGCAUCAAGCUGGGCUUCACGCAGGCGGAUGUGGGGCUGGCGCUGGGCACGCUGUACGGCAACGUGUUCUCCCAGACCACCAUUUGCCGUUUCGAGGCCCUGCAGCUGAGCUUCAAGAACAUGUGUAAGCUGAAGCCGCUGCUGAACAAGUGGUUGGAGGAGGCGGACUCCAGCACCGGCAGCCCCACCAGCAUCGACAAGAUCGCAGCGCAGGGCCGCAAGCGCAAGAAGCGGACCUCCAUCGAGGUGAGCGUCAAGGGCGCGCUGGAGAGCCACUUCCUCAAGUGUCCCAAGCCUUCGGCGCAGGAGAUCACCAACCUGGCCGACAGCCUGCAGCUGGAGAAGGAGGUGGUUCGGGUCUGGUUCUGCAACCGGCGCCAAAAGGAGAAGCGCAUGACGCCGCCCGGGAUCCAGCAGCAGACGCCCGACGAUGUGUACUCGCAGGUGGGCACCGUGAGCGCCGACACGCCGCCGCCGCACCACGGGCUACAGACCAGCGUGCAGUGAGCGAGCGCCUGGGCGCCGCGCGCAGAGGGCCGCGGCCGCCGCCGAGUCGCCACCAGGCCACAAACGGGCCGCCUGCGAACGCCCAGCCGCCGCAGAGCCUGCACCGCGGCGCCCGGCCCGAGCCCCGGCGCCGCCGCCCUCCCCUCCGCCCACAGACAGGCGUGCCCGCCCUUGGAGGAAAAAUUGAGGGAGACACGGACCAAGGAGACUUUUUCCUUUUAAUUUCUUUACAUUUUUUUUUGCAAGUCCAAGGAAGGAGGGACCAAAAAAUUUAAAAAGCAUAAUACAUACCUAGACUGUUUUAUACACAUAUAUACAAACAAAACCGGAAGAGGAAAAGAAGCAACCGCGAGAUCUCAUUUAUGCUGUGGUGGUGUUCUGUUUUUUUAUUUUCAAGAAGGUUGAAGAUGCCUAACACCAAAACUGCACUGGCGAGGUGUUCUGUGCCCAAGAGAUGUCCUGUAAGGCAGCCACGGACAGCGCCUGCCCUGUCCUGCUGCCUCUUGGAGGGAAAAAGAGUCCCCUUCCUUUUCUUCCACCUCCGGAACACGCUUUCCUGGGAGCCACCUGCAAGACAGCCACAACGCCAGGCUCCCUGGGAGCUGAUUCUGGGCUGCAGGAACCUGUGCGUCUUGGCCAUAGUAAGCCAUUUGGGAACUAACAAAUCAGCUAUGACACAGGAAGGAGAAAGGUGCAAGAAACAGUCUCCAGGGGAAAAAAAAUCAGUGUCUGAAAUUAACAGACUGAACAGCAAAGCCAAAAGAAAGUAUCCUCAAAGUAACCUUGGGAAUAAAAGCGUCAGGAGGGAGCAGAGGAUGGACUGGGACAGUGGGGUGCCCAGCAUGCAGAGAAGCCAGGCCCAGCCGGCCUCAGAGCCAGGCCCUACCCUACCGGCUUCUCCCACUGCGCGUACAGGGCAGACCGUGCCUAAAGAUGCCACCGCUGAUAUUUUUUUUAUUAAUAUUUUUUAUUUUUUAUUUCUGGACUGACUCCGAUAAAGGGAUUUAGAGAGACUGAGCACCAGCCGCUGCACUUCCCUGCCGCCUGACCUCAGCCCCUGGCCAACCUUGACUGAUGGGCGCUGUGGAAGUGAUUAUAUAAUACUGCCAUUUGCAAGCAGUGUUUUUGGUAGGUUUUAAUAAACAGACUUUUCAAAAGACGGCAAUAUAGAAUCGUUAGAUCCGUUGUUGAUCUAAAAAUAUUUGCUUUAUAUUUUCAUUAAAUGACUUCUUUUAAUAUUUUAUUCAGAAUACUUAUGAACUGCUGCAAAACGGUAAUUUAUUUUUCCCCAGAUCUUGUAUUACGUGUUUUUUUCAGACGAGCACAAAUCAAAAUGAAAUGAAAAUAUGGACAGUUGUUAGGUAAUAAGGGUAUCUUUUGAUGUGAUCAUUUGAUUGUAAUUUAAUUUGAGUAGUGAUUCCGUAAGAGCUGAUCGAGAAAAUAAAUUUGUUAGAAGGAA